CCUGAGGUUUCAGUCCGGGAUCAAUCGCUCAGUCAUGGCGACCGGGAGGGCGGAAUAUCGCAGCGCUUCCCGCGAUUAACCAGCAACAAACCGAUUAAUCUCCAUUUCAGCUCGUGCACAGCGGCGUUUAUUCGCGGAUUACCGUCGUGAAAGACUUUACGGGCACACACGCUCACGUGAAAUCGUAUUUCAGGAGUAAAGGUGGGUUUUCGGCAGUAUGGUGGAGCCAGAGGAGCGGCCCUCAGUUGCAGGCCAGAGGCUCGGGGCGCCUGACAGUAUGGGCAUCAGUACUCUGGAGCCCGGCCAGCGGCCCCCGGUCAUGCCUCCAGGCAGACAGGUGUCCAUCCGAGUUCAGAUGCUGGACGAUGCUACGGAAGUCUUUAAUGUGUCGAACCGAGCUUCAGGGAAGGCUCUGUUUGAUUUGGUGUGCAGUCAUCUGAACCUCAUCGAGGGCGAUUACUUCGGCUUGGAGUUCCAGGACCACCGUAAAAUGACGGUUUGGUUAGACCUGCUCAAGCCAAUUCUAAAGCAAAUCAGACGGCCCAAAAACACCAUCCUGCGAUUUGUGGUGAAGUUUUUUCCUCCAGAUCACACACAGCUGUUAGAAGAACUCACCAGGUAUCUUUUUGCCCUGCAGAUCAAACAUGACCUGGCGUGUGGACGCUUGACGUGCAAUGAAAGCAGCGCCGCUCAGCUGGUCUCACAUAUAGUGCAAUCUGAGAUUGGAGAUUUUGAUGAAGUCCAGUGUAAACAACAUCUGCUCAAUAACAAAUACAUACCUGACCAGGACGUCCUGAUGGACCGAAUAAUGGAGUAUCAUCAGAAUCACACCGGACAGACGCCAGCCGUAUCAGACUAUGAACUCUUGGAGAUUGCCCGAAAACUGGAGAUGUACGGGGUGCGUCUUCAUCCCGCAAAAGAUCGAGAGGGCACUAAACUAAACCUCGCCGUGGCCCAUUCUGGUGUUUUGGUCUUUCAGGGCCACACCAAGAUAAAUUCAUUCAACUGGGCUAAAGUCCGCAAGUUGAGCUUCAAGAGGAAGCGCUUUCUAAUCAAACUACGCGACUUACACCAAAGCAAUUGUCAGGACACUUUAGAGUUUAUGAUGGGAAGCAGGGACUGCUGUAAAGUCUUCUGGAAGAUCUGUGUGGAAUAUCACGCCUUCUUCCGACUCCUUGAAGAGCCUAAACCCAAACCCAAGCCGGUUCUCUUCACCAGGGGUUCCUCCUUCAGAUUCAGUGGUCGCACACAACGGCAGGUGAUCGAUUAUGUGAAGGAAUCUGAAUAUAAAAAGGUCCCUUUUGAAAGAAAACACAGUAAAAUCCAGUCCAACAGCGGUCCUCCUUCAUUUACACCCAAGCUGGGUGCUGAGGACCAUGGAGAAAAGAUAGCUUGUGCUUCCGGACACCAGGUGGACUCCCCUCAUCGCACCCAAGUGACCGUCGAAAACCCGUCUCUCCAACGUUUCACGGGGAGCCUAACCUCACAGACCAACGGAUGCCGGAACGGGACCCUCGACGAGACGGACGCUCGGUUGAAGCCGUCCCCAUCCAAGCAGCAGGCCGAGCAUCUGAGCACAGGUCCUGUUACCAGCAGCGAGUCUCCAUCGGCUGUCAGGGUGAUGGUGAACGGGCAAAAACAGAGUCUCAGCCUCGGCCAAAGUCCAGAUGGACGACAGCCAUCUCCUCUCACCAGCCCGUUACUAACCGACGGUGGCUACGUCCGCACAGACGACGAGGACGAGGUUCGGAGGAAGCGGUUCCCGACUGACCGAGCUUAUUUCAUUGCCAAAGAGCUUCUGACCACCGAGAGGACAUUUCUGAAGGAUCUGGAGGUCAUUACUGUGCACUUUCAGACAUCUGUGGGGAAAGAUGAUGCCAUGCCACAGUCAUUGAAGAAUCUCAUAUUUGGCAAUUUUGAACCUGUGUACAAGUUUCACGAGAGCUUCCUGAAAGACAUGGAGCAGAGAUUAGCACAGUGGGAAGGCAGAUCAAACGCACACAUCAAAGGAGAUUAUCAGCGUGUUGGAGAUGUAAUGCUGACGAACAUUCAGGGUUUGAAGCUGCUAACCCCUCACCUUCAGAAGCAUUCAGAGGCGUUGCUGGAGCUGGAGAAGACGUGCCGCUCUUCCCGAAAACUGGAGACUUUCUGUCGAGACUUUGAGCUCCAGAAGGUUUGUUACCUGCCGCUCAACAUCUUCUUCCUGCGAGCGCUGCAUCGUCUCAUGCAUUAUAAACAGAUCCUGGAGCGCCUCUGUAAACACUACCCACCGACGCACGAAGACUUCAGAGACUCGCGAGCUGCGCUGGCUGAUGUUUCUGAGAUGGUCGUGCAACUCCACGGGACUCUCAUCAAGAUGGAAAACUUUCAGAAACUUCUUGAGCUGGAAAAAGAUCUUGUCGGCAUGCAUCUUGCUACUCCUGGAAGGGAGUUUAUCAGACUCGGCUGUCUCAGUAAACUGUCUGGUAAAGGUCUUCAGCAGAGAAUGUUCUUCCUGUUUAAUGACGUUCUGAUGUACACAAGUCGAGGCAUGACGCCCUCCAACCAGUUCAAAGUUCACGGACAGUUUCCUCUCUACGGGAUGACGAUCCGUGAGAGCGAGGACGAAUGGGGCGUUCCUCAUUCUUUUACUCUGUUCGGACAGCGUCAGUCUGUUGUCGUGGCCGCCAGUUCAGCAUCAGAGAUGAAGAAAUGGGUGGAGGACAUAAAGAUGGCGAUUGAACUGGCAGACGUCUGUAGUGGCUCUUCAGCAGAGAUUCUGUCCAGCAGUUUUACGGACAGCAAAUUCCCAGAGGAGUCUAGCGCAGACCAGGAAUCUGAGGACGACCUGAGCGCCUCACGCACAUCUCUGGAACGUCAGUCGCCUCACCGUGGUAAUACCACGGUUCACGUGUGCUGGCAUCGCAACACCAGCGUAUCCAUGGUGGAUUUUAGCGUAGCUUUAGAGAAUCAGUUGUCGGGAAAUCUGCUAAGAAAGUUCAAAAACAGCAACGGUUGGCAGAAGCUAUGGGUGGUCUUCACCAACUUCAGUUUGUUCUUUUACAAAACACACCAGGAUGAAUAUCCUCUUGCCAGCCUUCCAUUGCUGGGAUACUCCAUCACGAUUCCCUCAGAGUCGGAAAACAUCCAUAAAGACUACGUCUUCAAGCUUCAUUUCAAAUCUCACGUGUAUUACUUCAGAUCAGAGAGCGAGUACACGUUUGAGAGGUGGAUGGAGGUCAUUCGCAGUGCCACCUGUUCAUCCAGCCAAAUGCGCACAAGCCGUAAAGAGCCACACAUCUACUGACCAAAGAGAUAAAGAGCAGUUUAUACACAAACACACUGCCUGAAACAGCCAGACAAUAUAGGGCAUCAGGUUCACCAUCAGGUUUUCAGACAUCGUUCUUCAAGAUUUUAUCUGAUUGCAACAUUUUUACCAAGAAAAUGUUUUGUGUGGUACAUAUUAUCAUCGAUUCAGAUGAGUUUGAAUGGGUUUAGGAGUAAAACAUUAUACCACGAUGACGAUAUCGAGGUUAGCAACAAUCCCAGGGUCCAAAAGUCAACAGGUGCAUUACCAUAACCGAUCAGGUCAAAGUGAAAGACUUUGAUGUUUUUUAGAUACAAUAUCCUAACUAGAACACAAUGGGUCUACUUUGUUAAAAUAAUGUGUAAAUUGUUUUUAAAACCAAUGUUAAGCAUGAAUUAAUACUGUUCUGUAUGUAUAGUAUUAAAUGAAAUGCAGAAUGGUUUUACAAACAGUUUACACUUAAACAUUAGAUAAAAUGCUAAAAAAUAGAGAGAGCUUUUAUAACUAACUCCAGGUCUGAUUUUUAAUGUGUAAGGAUGAAAACCUUUUGUCAACAUUUGGGUGAAUCUCAGAAACUGUUUGUCACUCCAAAACUUUAUUUCGUAAGGACAUUGCAGACUGUUUUAAUCUUUAAUAUUUUGUGUGUGUUGACAUUUCAGUGACAAUUUCCCAUAUCUCCCCUCUUAUGCUUUUACUGUAUAACAGUCAUGCAAAAAUCUUAAUGGUACUCAAAUAGCCUUCUGCUUCCUUAUGCAAAGUAUAAAGUCUUAUUUCUUUUUGAUAUCGGGGUGAAAUAUGACCCAUUUCCCUCACACCAAUAGACCAAUGUCUAUGCACAGCCUGGAUUUAUAAAGUUUCUCUGCUGGCCUGAGACUGCCGAAUCUUUCAAGCGUUGCACUCUGUAUCGUUUCUUUUGUAGGACGUCAUUUUUAUACAACUUUUGAUACUAACUGUGAACCACUCCACUCUGUAACGGUGCAAACGUCUUUCUGAAGAAACCCAGCUGCCUUUGUCUAACUGCUCGAGUGCCAAACACUUUCAUAUUUACUUUCUCUUCAAUCUUCUUUGUAUGAUUUUUGUUAUUGAUGCAUUUUAAAUUCUUUUCUUAAUGCAGAUAUAAGGUAAAUGUGGAUUAUUUGUCAGCAAAAAUAUUUCAUGGUAACUGAAUAUGUUGAGAAUAAAUCCAUAUAUAUAUGGGA